UCCGUCUCGCGAAACGCCGUCCUCUCUCAUCCCAGCCGUCGAAUCGAUCUUUUCCGUGUUCUAAAUACCUCGCUGUCCCUCCUCUCGGUGCCAUCGGACCGCAAUGAGAUUGAGAUUGCGAUUGCCGCCGCCGCUCAGACUGCCACCCGAUCGGACCAAACCUUUAUACUGUAUCCGUGCCUAUUCCUUCUCCUCCUCCUCCUCCUCCGCGGCCGCCGCCGCUGACGACGACGACGCCGCCCUCCGUCGCAGCCUCUCCCUGCUCCUCUCCCCUGCCCCCUUCGAUGCUGCCCUCUGCCGCGAGACCCUCUCUCGCAUCUGCCCUCGCCGCCUCGAACGCCUCCUCCUCGACCUCCGCUCCUCCCUCCACCCCGAGCCCGCCCUUCGCUUCUUCUCCUUCGCCACCGAUCACUGUGGCUUCAUCUUCACCCCCCGCGCCUACGCCCUCAUCCUCCACUCCCUCUUCCGAUCCAACCUCGCAUCUGCGGCCCGGGUUCUCCUACUUCGCAUCCUCGACGCCCGCGCCGCCGUCCCCCUCUUCCUCGAUGACCCGGAUCAUUGGUUCUCCGAGAUCAUCCACGCCCUUGCUGACACCGUCCCCUCAAGCGACUCGCCCGCGAUCGAUCUUCUUGUCCACCUCUGCUGCACCCAGCUUCGUGGCCGAGGGCUCGCCUUAAUUGCCUUCAGAAUCCUCGUCGAUCGGGGGCUCUGCCCGUCUCUGAAGACCUGCAAUUUUCUUUUGGUAUCGCUGGUGAAAUCCAAGAAUUUAGAGGAUGCUCGCAUGGUUUUUGAUCAAAUGCAGCAGUUUGUUGCUCCUGACGUCUACUCGUACACCAUACUGAUUGAUGCCCUCUGCAAGAGACGGAAUGUUGAGGAAGCUAUGGCAUUGUUCUCGGAUAUGGAAAGGUCCGGAAUUUCUGCAAGCGUUGUAACUUACAAUGCUCUGAUUGAUGGACUUUGCAAGAGAAAUAUGUUGAAUGAGGCAUUUGCAUUGAAGGAGAAGAUGGUUAGAAUCUCGAUAAAUCCAAGCAUCGUAACAUUUGGUAUUCUCAUCAAUGGCUUGGUUAAAUUGGAUAGGUUUGGCGAUGUGGAACUUGUCCUAACUGAAAUGGAAGAGAUUGGAAUUCCACCAAGUGUGGUUAUCUAUAAUACAUUGAUAUAUGGGCACUGUAAGAUGGGACGACCCACAGAGGCAUUAAAGUUGAGGGAUGAAAUGAUGGCGAAAGGUAUAGAACCGAACUGUGUUACCUACAAUAUAAUUGUACAAGGCUUGUGCGAUGCAGGGGACAUGAAGCAGGCUGAGUAUAUUCUUGAUGAAAUUCUGUCAAAUGGGAUGGAAGCAAAUGCUGGGCUGUUUGGUUCUAUUAUUUUCUGGCUUGUCACUAAAGAACAAAGAUUAGAUUGUGCGGUGAGGCUACUUGGAGAGAUGCUGCUGAGGAAUUUAAGGCCUAAUGACUCUCUUUUGACGGCUUUGAUUGUUGAGCUCUGUAAGCAAGGGAAGCAUCGAAACGCCAUAGAGAUUUGGUCCAAGAUGUUGGAGAAAGGAUUUGGUGUGAAUAUUACAACUUCCAAUGCAUUGAUUCAUGGGCUUUGUGAGUCAGGAAACAUCAAGGAAGCAAUAGGGUUCCUCAAAUCAAUUCUCGAGAGGGGAAUAGCACCAGAUAGAGUGACAUAUAAUAUCUUGAUAUCUGGAUGCUGCAAAGAAGGGAAAAUCUGCGAGGGGUUUAAACUAUGGGAUGACAUGAUCAAAAGAGGAUUUAAACCAGAUAUUGUUACCUGGAACACUCUAAUACAUGGUUUAUGCCGUUUAGGUAGAAUGGAAGAGGCUAUUGGACUUUUGAAUCAACUAAAGGAUGAAGAUUUGGUUCCGGAUCUUUUUACAUGCAGUAUGAUUAUCGAUGGCUAUUGCAAGGUUAAGGAAAUUGAUAAAGCUAAAAGCUUCCUAAAGGAGAUGGGUACAUGGGGUUUAGAGGCAAAUGUUGUUGUCUACAACUCACUUGUGAGUGGGUUUUGCAAGAAUGGCAAUAUUACUGGGGCUUCUAAUCUUGUCGAUGAAAUGAAAAGUAAUGGUAUAUUACCAAAUUUUGUGACUUAUAGUACCCUUAUGCAUGGCUUCUGCUGCACUGGAUAUUUAGAGGAGGCUAAAAGAAUUUUUGAAUUGAUGAAGGAGAAUGGUUUGGGCUUGAAUGUGGUGACCUAUACUGCACUUAUUGCUGGAUACUGUAGGUCAGGUCAAAUGGAUGAAGCAAUCAAGGUCUACAAGGCAAUGUGUGUCGCUGGUGUAACCCCAAACAAGUUCACAUAUACAGUAUUGAUACAAGGGUAUGCUAAAAUGGGGAAUCUUGAAGCAGCGUCUAAACUUCUUGACGAAAUGGUGAACAAUGGUAUUGUUCCUGAUUCUGUCACAUUCAAUGCAUUGAUGUCUGAAUUCUGCAAGGAAGGUAGAGUAGAAGAGGCUCUUAAAAUAUCUGAUCAAAUAUCUCAAAGAGGUCUGGCACUAGAUGAUACUGAUUAUACUACUUUAGUUCUGGAAUAACUUCUUCUAGGCAUCAAAAAGAAAUUGCUUCUCCACCUGAAGGAGGGGAUUGCUUAUAAUGUUGUAGAGAAUGUUGGGGAUAUUGGUGAGAUGAGAUCUGAUCUUUUUGGAUCAUAUGCUGAAUCGUCAUGUGCUGCCCUAGUUGUUGCCUCUAUCUCUUCAUUUGGAGUCAACCAUGAUUUUCCUGCAAUGUGCUAUACUUUGCUUAUUAGCUCCAUGGGCAUCGUAGUUUGUUUAGUAACUACUCUCUUUGCAACCGACGGUUGGUAUUGCAAUUAUCAGUUGGAUUGCUCUCCCUUUGACAUUCACGAUUUUCAGUUUUGGGGUGACCAGAAGCAGGCCAAAAGCUGUACUGUACAAAUGGCGCUGAUUCUUGCCGGACUGGAGCCGCUACUAGUGUCAUUUUUGGACUGGCUUUAGGAUACAAGUCUGUCAUUAUCCCAACUUUUGCCACUGCUGUCAGUAUAUUUGUUAGAUUUAGUCUUGCUGCCAUCUAUGGUAUUGCUGUUGCUGCUUUAGGCAUGCUGAGCAGUAUUGCUACUGGUCCGGCCAUUGAUGCUUAUGGGCCCACCAGUGACAAUAUUGCUGGAGGCAUUGCUCAGAUGGAUGGAACGAGCCACAGGAUUCAGGAGAAAACAGAUGCACUUGAUACUGCAGGCAACACCACCGCAGCCCUAGGAAGGGGCUUUGCAAUUGAUUCAUCUGCCUUGGUCUCUCUCGCAGUCAAGCAGCUAUUUCCACUGUGGAUGUCUGACACCAAAGGUGUUCAUUGGGUUGAUUGUUGGUGCGAUGCUUCCUUACUGGUUCUCAGCCAUGACCAUGAAGAGUGUCGGCAGUGCAGCUCUGAAGAGGGUGGAGGAGGUCUGAAGGCACUAACUGAGGCUUAUGGAUGGUACUGCUAAACAUGAUUAUGCCACCUGUGUCAAGAUUUCCACUGAUGCCUCAAUUAAAGAGAUGAUUAUCCAGGUGCUCUGGUGAUGCUUACACCCCUGAUCAUUGGAAUUUUGUGUCAUGGAAACCCUAUCUGGUGUUCUUGCUGGGUCUCUUGUUUCUGGUGUUCAGAUUGUUAUCUGAUCCUCAUCUAAUACUGGUGGUGCAUGGGACAAUGCCAAGUACAUCGAGGCUGGGGCAUCAGACCAUGCAAGGAGCCUUGGCCCUAAGGAAUCCGUUCGUCACAUGGCUGCUGUUAUUUGUGACACCAUCGGGGACCCUCUCAAGGAUACGUCCGGGUCGUCACCUAUCAAACUAAUGGUUGUGGAAUUUCUGGUGUUGGCACCAUUCUUUGCAACUCAAGGAAGUCUCUUGUUCAAGAUCUAACUAAUGA